CAAAAUAAUAUUUGUUGUAUCUUCGUGUUGCUGCUAGUGAAGCUAAGGUAGAGGACUAUAAUGGCAAGGAAGCCGAGAAUUGUGAUAAUUGAGCUGGGAUGGCUGGUCUAACUGCAGCUAACAGGCUCUAUACUUCCACUAGCUCCAACGAUUUGUUUGAGCUAGUUGUUGUCGAGGGUGGCGAUAGAAUUGGUGGCCGGAUCAACACUUCAGAGUUUUGUGGUAACAGAAUUGAGAUGGGUGCUACUUGGAUCCAUGGAAUAGAGGGUAGCCCGGUUCACCAAAUUGCUCGGAAAAUCCAUGCACUUGAGUCUGACCAGCCAUGGGAGUGCAUGGAUGGGUUCUCAGAUGAGCCGAAGACUAUCGCCGAAGGCGGGUUCGAGCUGAAUUCCUCCAUCAUUGACCCCUAUCAACCCUUUUCAAGAACCUGAUGGAUUUCGCUCAAGGGAAGCU